AUGAUUUGGGAUAACAAUGUAUAUAUAUAUAUACAUAUCAGUAAAGUUGAAGCAUGGGAUUGGGAGGAAGCGGGAGAGCGGGAAGAGAAUCAAAGCAAAGUACGAGAGAAAAGGUUAAAAAAUGAGAAAUAUCUGAAUGAAAUAUUCGAAUUGAAAAUAUCACAAAUAUCAAAAAUUUUGCAAAAAAAAGAAAAAUUAUGCGAAACAUUUGAUCAACUUGAUAUUAAUCAGGAUGGUCGUUUAAGCCGGAAUGAAAUAGCGGUAUUGUGGAAGUUAAUGAAUGUUGAGCCAACAAGGAUGGAAUUGGAUUUUAUUUUUCAAGAAAUGGAUCCAAAUA